AUGUCUAUAUCACCAUUUUUCCGUAACCCUGUUACGGAUGUAACGGGUGGGCUGGUCUCCCACCAAAUGCUGGGUGACUGUCAGAAGCAGGAGAUGCGUUUCAUGGACUGCCUGGAAGCCUACGGUCUGGAUCGUGGUAGAGUAAAGUGCUCCAAUUUAUUUGAAGACUUUCACGAGUGUCAGACCAAGACUAAACAAUUUAAGAGAUUUAUGGCUAUGAGGAGGGAGAGAGACCGACAAAUAGCUGAAGGAAAACUCAAGGGUGAUGACAAAUACCUGAGCCCCAAAAUUGAUAGUUUUUGA